CGUCAAAGUCAAAAAGUAAAUAUUGUGCUAAAAAUGGCGGCGAAACAAUAACAAAAUCCACAAAAACAUUAAAUUGCAGUCUAUCUCAUGUAUCUGAUAUGAAACGACAGAGUGUUCAUUAAUUCUCGUUAAAUAUUAAUAAAUAUAUAAUUUGUUAUAACAUUAAAUCUUUACUAUUUCUAAUGGAUGUUGUAUAAAACAAAAGUUUUGCGUAUCCUUGCAGUGACUGAUCAAAAUAUACAUUAUAUUAUUCGUGCUGAAUUUAUAUUCUAAUUUUGUAACUGUUAACGUGAGAUUAAAUAAAUAGACUUGCGUAUUUCGGUAAAUUGUUGGAGAGAACCAUCAUCGAGGUUGGCGAUUGCCGUCGAGGGUGCGCUGGGGGCGAGGAGGGCUGCGUCACGUGCGAGAUCCGCACUCCGCAGCCCCACGCAUGCGAGACCGCGGGGCGCCGGCAGCGCAGGCGCGCCCCCCGAUGCCCCCAGCCCGCCAGUUCGCCGCCGGCCGCCACGCGCCCUGCCCGUAUAUGCAGCGCUGAGCCGCGCGCCGCGAGUGAUCUUCAAGUGAUGUCGACUUGUGACUAGUGCCAUGCUCGUGCUGCGCUGUGCCCUCCUCGCGGCACUCCUUGCCGUUGCCGCCGCCGCCUGGCAGGAGAACGUCAGGCCUAAGGUCUUCGCACAAUUAGGAGUGGACGACACACACAAGUUCCUAGGGAACGAAACGCACACAGACUACUUCAGAUUAUUGUUACGAGACGGGAAUUAUCUCCUAGUUGGUGGCAGGAACGUGGUGUACAACCUUAGUUUAACAGACUUGACGGAGCAACGCCGCCUAGUCUGGUACUCACCAGAGAAUGACGUCAAAAUGUGCGUCGUCAAAGGCAAAGACGAGGAGAGCUGUCAAAACUACAUCCGCGUGCUGGUGUCCCUCGGGCCGGGGAGAUUGCUGGUCUGCGGCACGAACAGCUUCCGUCCCUACUGCAGAGAGUACAGCGUGCAGCGGGAGUCCUACCACAUGGAACGGGAGAAGUCCGGGCAGGCCGUCUGUCCGUACGACCCGGAGCAUAACUCCACUGCUGUUUAUGCUGAUGGAGAAUUAUACUCGGGUACAGUCGCUGACUUCAGUGGUAUGGAGCCAAUUAUAUACCGAGAGCCGUUGCAAACAGAACCUUACGACUCAAUGACUUUAAAUGCUCCGGAUUUCGUGAACUCUUUAGUGCACGGAAAUUUCGUGUAUUUUUUCUUUCGAGAAACAGCUGUGGAGUACAUAAACUGUGGAAAGUCGGUAUUCUCGCGCGUGGCUCGAGUGUGCCGAGACGAUAGAGGCGGCCCCCACCGCUUCAAACAAAGAUGGACAUCCUUCCUCAAGUCGCGGCUCAACUGCUCCGUCGCCGGCGACUUUCCGUUUUACUUCAACGAGAUUCAAUCAACGACAGAGCUUAUAGAAGGAGUAUACGGUGGGCUCAACGCUCAACUGAUAUACGGAACAUUCACGACUCCUCCGAACAGCAUAUCGGGGAGUGCUGUCUGCGCGUUCAGCAUGCAAGACAUCGCUGAUACCUUCGAAGGCACCUUUAAGGAGCAAAGCGCUCUCAACGCCAACUGGCUACCAGUUAAUAGUGCAAAGGUGCCAGAACCCCGUCCAGGCACAUGUCACAACGACUCGAGACAAUUGCCGGACCCAACGCUCAACUUCAUCAAAGCUCAUGCUUUGAUGGACGAAUCUGUUCCUGCCUUCUUUGGGGAACCAAUAGUUAUAAGGACUAGUUUUCACUAUCGAUUUACGCAAAUCGCCGUAGAUCCUCAAGUGAAAACACCAGGCGGGAAAGCAUAUGACGUGCUAUUUAUUGGCACAGAUAAUGGCAAAAUCAUAAAAGCAAUCAACGCUGUCUCCUACGACUCGAACAAGCGAGCAGUGCCUGUGGUGAUCGAGGAGUUACAGGCGUUCGCGACCGGCUCUCCAGUGCGGGCGCUGCGAGUGGCCCGAGCUGGUCGGGACGCAGCUAGACUGAUAGCGGUUUCCGACCGAGAAGUCCUCAGCUUGAGGCUACAUAGAUGUUCCAGUGAUAAAAUCAGCUCUUGCUCUGAGUGCGUGGCACUGCAAGAUCCAUACUGCGCGUGGGAUAAGCAGGCGGGUCGAUGCCGAGCGUACUCUCAUGGCGUCAGCCGAUGGCUCGACGAGAACUCAUUCUACCAAAGCGUCAGCACCGGCAGUCAUACUGCCUGCCCUCACAGUAAGGAUGCUGGCGCUGUGGGUGGUCUGAGUUCAGGGCUUUACGAUGAUGCCAGAGAAACUAAGGGAGAAGUCAUCAAUAUUGUACAAGAUAAAGACGGCAAAGGAGGCAGUAACAACAAUGAAGGUCCAGAAGUGUUAGCAGCGGAUCCACCACCGGCUGCGUACUCUGUUGAAACACUGGCGCUGGCGGUGGCGGCAGGCGCCCUGGCAGCGCUGGGUGCUGGUUUCGCGGCCGGCUACGUCUGCGGCCGUCGCUGCAAGAAGGACGACGAUGAUAACAUGCCCUACCCAGACACCGAGUACGAGUAUUUCGAGCAGAGACAGAAUAUUAACAGAAUUCAAGCAGAGCCAAAACUUCUCCAACAAGUAGAAGAAGUGACGUAUGCUGAACCAGUACUAGCACCCCAACCGAAACCGGCGUCUCCCCGCGCCACACUCCGGAAGCAUCCCCCGUACCAUCCCCACCACGAGACGCUGUUCCAGUUCCAACCGGACGCGUACAGACGCGACAACUUCGGAACUCUACGCUCUCAUCAGGUUAAUUUAACACAGGAAUAUUCGGACCGCAGGGCGAUGGGUACAGGCGCGGCAACGACAACGGCUUCUCGACCACGCGCUCAGUGAAGAAAGUGUACCUCUGAGAAACAAGCGGGGCGGACGCGCGCGAUCAAAUGCAUCACCAUAAACAUAAUACGCACCACCAUCAUACGUUGGUGUCACAGCGCAGCAGCGGCUCGGGUUCCGGGUCAGCGAGCGGUGGCGGCUCUUCGUCCUCACCGUCGCCACCGUCGUCCUCCCCGUCGCCGUCGGGUGAGCGCCCCCCCACCCCGCCACCACCCGCGCCGCAGCCAUGCGCCUACAUCUACCGCAACUAGCGCGCCGCCCCGCAUUCCCCUCACUGGCACGAGUUACUCGCCCCUGUACUUUAAUCGAAUGAACAUACAGUUCCAAAUUUAAAAAUGACUAUGGACGUUAACAUUCCAAAUUCGAAAGUGCAAUGUUUGUUAUUCGAAUGGCAUUAUAAUGAAGGUUGCUUUUCCUCAAUUGAACGAUGACCCUCCCAAUAGAUGAAUUAAAGAUUCGUGGAUACGACUUCGUACAAGAAUGUUGCCUAUUACAUUGUAAUUAAAACCUAUGUCACAAGCGCACCUCUCGAGUCACUAUUGAGUGCGCUUAGAAUGACACAAGGAUAUAUAAGUAAUGUGGAUUCUAAAAUAUAGUCACAAAACAAAAUGUGAUCAUAUACUCUCUUCCAUUGAAUAAAUAUAUACGUACUGGUGAUAAUCCACAAACUAAAUUGAUCGUAUCUCGUGGUCGGGAGAAAUGUGAAAAAUAUGUAUUUUUUUUAAAAGACGGAACAAUAUUAUCGAUUGAUGUAUGUAAGAUGAAUAAUGUAACAAAUUGUAGAUUGUUUAGAUUAUACAUAGUUUACAAAUAAUUUAGGUGAAAAUAUAAGUUUUUGUUGGUAACAUGUUGAUGAAUAGUUAAUGUGAAGUUGUGUCACUCAUUGCAGAUUUUAUAUUCACUUAACAAACUGCCUGUCCUAUAGUCCCAGGGCUUAGUACACCUGUAGUUUUCAAUUGUUAUAACCGACUUCAGAUAUUUUGAUAGAUAGGUAAAGAAACCGUGUCAUUAUAAAAACUGUAAUGAGUUCACAUGUCGCUUUUUUACAUACCUACUAUUUGUAGUAUUACGUCAUUAAAUAUAGGAAUGAUUCUCUUAUUCUAAAGUUCUAGCAGUAUAAUACGAGUGUAACUGGACAACACUAAUGACGGCACACGAUGUAGAUAUAAUUCCAAACAAAAAACAUUUCCUUUUAACGAGAAGGCGAAGCGAGUGCCAUUAUAAGUGUUGUCAGGUUAUUACUAGAAUAAACGAUGAUUAUAACAUUAUGGUUGAAACCAAUGAACAUUAUGAGACACAAAAUAUGAUAUAAAUUAUAUUUACCAUGUAUAAAUGAUAUGUAAAGUUCUGAUACUUAUUCAUUCAUUAAAAAGUGCUUCUUAUGGGUGUAUUUAGAUUAUUAGGAGAUCGUUUUGAUAAUUAUUCGAUAAUGUUAUAGAUUUAGCGUUUAUGUAUACAUAGAUACAUAGAAUAUAAGAGGGCACUGUGAUGCCACAUUGCCAAUUUAGAUUGUUGGUGCAUCAUUUUAAGGUUACGAUGUGUAACUGUGAUCAUUGUGUACAUACAUUCUGUGACAUUAAAUUAAAACAUUUCCUUUUUAAUCUACUGUUGAUUCUAAAUUUAAAUUUCCAGAAAAGUGGGCCAAACGUUAGAAACUCCUUUCUCGAUAAAGAAAAAUACGUUCCUGUUGCUGUUUUGUAAUAUGAAAUGCGUACACUCGUGUGUUUCAAAGAAGCAAACUUUCUUUGUAAUCUAGCUAGUCCUCAUUUUUUUUAAACCCUGAGUAAUGAAUAGUGUUCAAACUCAUCUUCGCUCAUUGUUGACAAUUGAAUGUGUGUAAAGAAAAUGUCAAUUCUAUUUGUAAUGACUUAGUGCCUAAGUAUACGCGACAGGAUUGUAAUUUGUAAAUUGCAAUAUCUCAUUUUUGUUUUGGACUGAUGUUAGAGCAAGCAUUAGAAGCCACUAGAUUAGCAAAUACAGUAGACGACUGUUGAAUACUUGCUGUCUAACAUCUUUAAUGGGGUCACAACAAAGACAAAGUGAGUAUAAAUACAAGUCGUCGAUCUCAUUAAAGUUAUUGGAAUGCAAAACUAAUGUUAUAAACCAUAAUAAUAAAAAGGCAUUCGCAAGUUUGCCUUUGUAAUACUCACAAUUAUUUUUAUUUAACAUUAUUAUUAUACGUACCAAAGAUGCCAUGAUUUUGAUGUAAAUUAUUUAUUUAUAGUAGUAAUUGCUAAUAAUAACGUAUUACUUAAUAAAAUUAAUAGUUAUUUUUAAUUAUGAAUGUAACUGCCAAUUCGUAUAUUACUUAUUUUAUAAAUAACCAAAGUAAACGCACACGUAACUGUUUAUUUUUAUUAUGUAUCAUGCGUUAUAUAAAAGCUUUUACACGGCCAGUUUGUUCGGAUUUAAUUCACAGACUUAAAAAAUGAUAACCAGCGUUAGGACAGAAAGAGUAUUGUGGAUAUUAUAUCGACGGCAUAAAACAUUUUUUUACAUCAAAUUACACCUAUGUCAUUUCUAGUUAUAUUUGACAUUGAGCACUAGUAUUGAAGUCGUCGAUCGAUACUUACUCAAGACUGAAAGUAUAUCUUGCUUGAUUUUUAUUCAUUUAAAGGGAAGGUUAUCAUUUUUAUAGUCGGUAAAUACAAAAAUAUAACACGUACAUACGUAAGGGAGGCUAGUACUUGUAAAUAGCGAGUUCUGUAAUGUAAUUUAGUUUUCGUCGAGUAAUUAAUUAAGCGUUAGUGUGUAAGUGCAAGAAAUUUUUGAAGGUGAAUUGUUAAGAAUUGUUUUUGUAUUAAGUAAUUAAAAAUAUUAAUGAAAUGUACAAUAACCAUUUCUACGUUUAAACUACUGAACCACCUUUUUAUACUCGUAACGAUAAUGUAAACAUAAACAUGCCUAGAGUCUCUUGUAAUAAGCGUAAAUUAUUGAUUUAUAAUAUAUUGAGGAUUAUAUAGAACGUAUCGUACUGUAGUUUAUUAUAGACCGCUUAUAUUUUAUUUUGGAACUCGAAGCCUUAGUGUUAGAUAUUGAAGACUUUUAUUGAAUUAAAGAAUUAAGUAACUGUAUUUUACAGAGGAUUGAAUUUAAUGAAAAAAAAUAAUAAUAACACGCAACUUUAUUGAAACGCUGUUAUGGUACCAAGUAAUACCAUUAACAAUUGUAUCGCAUUACUCUCAAACUAUACAUCAACAUACUUAUAAUUUACAUAAUUGUAAAUAUAUAAUGGGAUUGAGUUCCAAUGACGAACGAGUUGGUUUGUUGUUGUGUGUGCAAUAUUCUUUUCUUUUCAUUUCCCAUUCGUACAACAUAAUUUGUUUAGGUAUUUUUAAAUUUCGAAACUGCGAGCUGUUAUUGGCACCUAGAUACCUACUUGAAUUUCAGAUACACAUUUAUAUACUACAUAUAUAUACACCUGAGUUUCCCAUUGAGGUAGAGAAAAACAAUAGAAUGCUAAAUGUUCCGGUUCAAUAAACCUCUUUUGCUGCCUCCAUAUUCAUCGAUCUAUUUCAUAUUACCUCGCAAGUUACGAAUACUUUUUCUUUACUUGAACACUUUCAGCACCUUACCUAUGUGGUCGACAUUCGUCCGUCUAAAGCAGCCCCUACCAGCAUCUCUACUAAUUUGCGUUUAAAAUAUCUCUUUCGUAAUUCUUCUUUCAUUCAUCCUUUCCAAAUAUUUAAACCAACCAUCAAACAUCCCCUUUUCAAUGUUUGUCACAAUUCAGUCAUCAUCUUUUAGUGAUUCUAUACGACAACUAACGAUUCAAGAUUUCUUAUAAAAUCAAAAUAGUAAUAUUCCUUGAUUUAUACAAUUCAAAUUUUAAUAAAAUAGCAUUUCGUAUCUUAAUAACCAUUAUUCCAUAAUAAAUACUACCAACAUUACAAAUCGUGGUAAAAUAAACAGCGGACAGGCACAUAAUGUUUGAUUAUUUUGUAUGAUUUUAUAUCUGUGUUACACAGUAGUACCAACUUGAAUAAGAAUACAUGUACGUUGAUUACCUAGUAGAUCUGCCUCGUUGGAUAACUGGUAAACGAAUCUGUCGAUAGAACUGUUUUCAUUAGUAUUCACAUGAGGAAGAAAAAUACGCCAGACGUCCAUUAUGUCUCAUCCACGCGAUAGCGACAACGUAUCUAUCGACAGGUUCAUUUGCCACUUGUCUAUGAGGAGAGGAUAGCAAUAACCUUAUAGCAUUUAAAACCGGAGAUAACAUUACUGUAGGUACCAAAUACCUAUUUAAACUUUCUACUAUUUUUAUGGAAAGCGAGGGAUGAAGGGGAUGGAGUAAUAAAAAUGAUCUGUAACUAGAUGGUUGACAAAUUGCCAAUCUAUGAUUGAUUCCGAUACAGAGUGACAAUUUAUUGUCAUUUAUAUAUCUUUAUUUUUUUUAGCUAAGGUGAAAGCCUACAGACAUAUAUUUCAAAUAGAUGUCGCAACUGCAUUUUGCGUGCCAAUUUUUGACCCUAAAGUCUCUUAAACGACCUAAUUAUGGUCCAAAUAAAAAUUCUUACGUAAAAUUUAUGUCCAAUAAGAUUUGUGCGAAAAAAGGGUUUGAUAUCGAUAAAUACCUUUUUAAAAUAACAGAUCACGUGCACGCUUAAUUUUUUAUAGAUUGGAGUAUUUGCGUCAUCUAUUGUUGUUUAUAUCUGUAUGAAAAUAUAUGAAUCUAAAUAAAGUUCUAAUUCAAUGGAAUUGCACCUCCCGUAUUGAAUGCUUUAAGCCAGUAACUAUGGGAAGUGCCUAACUUACUAAAACGCAUCUGUAAUUGUAACGGCGUUCACUUGACUUACUUGGCCGUAGUUUCUAUAGUGUGCCUUCUGUACCACACCUAGCUACCGCCCUUAGAGACUUAUGGAAACGAAUUGGAGUAAAAAAACUAAUUAAUUUAAUUUAGUUUUUUUAAAUAUUAAUGUAGGUAUAAUCUUACAUAUUGUCUUAUAUUAAUAUAGACUUAAUCACGGGCGUUUUUAAAAAUUUACAUUAUUAAAUAACCGUUUUUAUAAUGUGAACUAAAACGGAAGAAUAAUAUUUAAGAAAUUCGUAUAUAUUAUGGCCAAUACACAUGGCUACUCCUUUUACAAUUAUGAUUAUUUUGUCAUUAUGUAUGUAUCUAAUUCUUAAAAUAAUGCGCUGAGAGUUGAGAAAUACCUGGAAACAUUUGAUAAUCAGUACAUAGAAUCAAAAAUACAAGUCACAAAAAAUAGAUAAAUGUCUGAAGUAAUUUUUGCGAUUGUUGAUAGCUUAUGACCACCUUAUUCAGUUGUACAUGGUGUAAUCUGAUAAAACAUACUGGUACGAUUAUAAAGAAUUUAUAAAUACCCCCAUUUUUUGUAAGCAUACUCAUUAUUACGUCAACCCAGAGAAAUCCCUCCUAAGCUCGACCAACUUUACUUUAGCAGUCAAGUCAAUAGAUAACCACUGCAAAUAUAUCUCUGUCUCUCGCCCAAAUGAUUGCUAAAAACAGUACUAGGUAAAUCAAAUUACUGUUUUCGAACCAACUACAUAUUUUUUUCUUCUGUCAAAUCUGAAUUUCAUACUUUGCUAUCAAUAAACAGUUGUUGAAUUAAAAAAAAAACACAUAAGAAAGAAGUUUGGGAAUUAUUUGCUAUCAAGCUAUAUACCUAAGCUAAAAGAAAUCUAUUGAUAUGGUCACUGACCCUUUGUGUUGUGCAGUGGAAGGCAGUGGUAAAUGUAUUUCUGCGUUCAUUCACCUGAUUUAGAUUUUAAAUUUAGGAAUUUUAAAUUUCUAAAAAAAUAAAAAAGUUUUUUGUCUACAGAUAUUUAAUUGCCGGGUUUCUCAUAACAAGGUUUUAAGGUUUAGGGUAUUAAUCUCAUCGUAUGACAUUAUGAUUUGACUACGUCAUUAAUUAGUAAUCAGAAAAUACUCUCUACAACAUACAGCUCUCAAGUCACAAACCAGAAUAUCAGUAGAUACCUAAUAUUAUAUUAAGUAAAGUAUUUUUAUUCCAAUUCUUUCCUUAGACCUGCUCAUAAUUAGGUACUUCUCUUUGAAUAUAACAGCUAUUGUAUUUUCACCAGUUACUUCCCAUAAAGUUCUUAAAUAUACCUAUUGAUACGUAAGGUGAAAUGUUUAAUGUCCUAAUUUAUUAAGACCGCGUUAUUUUGCUUUUUAGACACUCCAUAGAUUUAAGUAGGAGUUUUAUAAAUAAUUAUAUUACUAUUAACGCAAAGAAGAUAUGCAGUGAUAGAACUGUUACACCGUAUUCGCUGCCUGUGUUUAUAGAGUGCAAUUUUUUUAUAAAUAGAAACAAAUAGAUUGUAAAACAUUGAUUUGCAAAAUAUGAAACACUAUGCCUCGGGAAGGUGAAAGAUUUUGUAUUUUACUCGUCAUUGUUUUCAAAUGUUAUGAUCAUUUUCUCAUUAAACAAUUAUUAAUAUUAUGCUAAAUAUUUUAGCAAAGGAUAAAAUGUAUUCCUUUUCUUUAGUAAAUAAAAUAUUGAAACUUGA